AAACGGACAGGCUGGAACGAUCUAACCCCACCUCCAUCAUCAUCAUCAUCAAUUAAUUACAAUUACAUUUACAAUUUGCCUUCAAUGAUCGAUGCAACCAAACACAAUUCCAAUCCGCCAUUAAAAUGCCCAACUAAAGCUCCAAAAAGCAGGAGGAGGAAGACGAAGAAAGUGGGGAUCACCUUUCUUUUCUUGUAGCCUCUGCUAAGCAUCUUUUCUCCCUUUUAUGCUCUUCCCUUUUUUUUUAUUGCCUUCUUCUCACUCCCCUUUCGAUUUUCUUCCCCUCUCCUCUGCUCUCAGUAUUUAUUCAUCCUUCGUUCCCAAUUCUUAUAAUUUCUUUUUGCCAAUCGUCUUGUUUUUUCUCGGAUUCCUCUUCCCAAGUCUGUAAAUCUUUCAUCAUUUCAGAUGAAUUAAAGAUUUUCCCCUUUUGAUGAUUGAUUGAUAGAUGGAUGGAUGAUGAAUCCCCUUUUUGAAUAAACCCUAAUUUCUGGAAUGGUUUGAACUUCUAAUCGCUGUUUUCCUCGAUUUUCUCAACAUUUUGACUCUUCCAUGGGGCUUUGUCAUGGAAAACCGGCGGAAUCCCGGCGAAAUCCGGCCGGAAAUCCCCAGCCAAUCUCCGACGAAAUCAACGAAUCGGUUCUCAAUUACUCGACGGGGAAGACGCCGAAAUUUCCGUUCUACAGUCCGAGUCCGCUCUUCAGGAACUCUCCGGCGAACUCCAGCAGCGUUCCGUCGACUCCUCUCCGGUUUCUGAAGCGUCCUUUUCCGCCGCCGUCGCCGGCGAAGCAUAUUAAGGCUUUGCUUGCGAGGAGACAUGGUUCUGUGAAGCCGAACGAGGCGACCAUACCGGAAGGGAGUGAGUGCGAAAUUGUUGGAUUGGAUAAGAAUUUUGGGUACUGUAAGAGCUUUCCGAGAGACUAUGAAAUCGAGGAGGAAGUUGGGAGGGGACAUUUUGGUUACACUUGUUCGGCUAAGGGGAAGAGAGGCAGCUUGAAAGGGGUGGAUGUAGCUGUUAAAGUUAUCCCCAAAUCGAAGAUGACGACAGCAAUUGCGGUGGAAGAUGUCAGGAGAGAAGUGAAGAUAUUGCGGGCGCUGACGGGGCACAAAAACUUGGUGCAAUUUUAUGAUGCGUACGAGGAUGAGGACAAUGUAUAUGUUGUGAUGGAAUUAUGUAAAGGCGGAGAAUUACUCGAUCGGAUACUUUCUAGGGGCGGCAAAUACUCCGAGGAAGAUGCCAAAGUGAUAAUGUUACAAAUUCUAAGCGUGGUUGCGUACUGCCACCUCCAAGGUGUUGUCCAUCGUGACCUAAAACCCGAGAACUUUCUCUUCACUUCAAAGGACGAGUAUGCACCUCUGAAAGCCAUUGAUUUCGGACUCUCGGAUUACGUAAAGCCAGAUGAAAGGCUGAACGACAUCGUUGGAAGUGCUUACUACGUAGCCCCCGAAGUUCUGCAUCGCUCGUACGGAACCGAGGCCGAUAUGUGGAGUAUUGGUGUCAUUGCUUAUAUACUUCUUUGCGGAAGCCGACCAUUCUGGGCUCGGACAGAGUCCGGAAUCUUCCGAGCCGUUCUAAAGGCUGACCCAAACUUCGACGAAUCUCCGUGGCCUUCGAUGUCUCCCGAAGCCAUAGAUUUUGUGAAGAGAUUGCUGAACAAGGAUUACCGUAAACGACUAACGGCAGCACAAGCUCUUAGUCAUCCGUGGCUUGCCGGUUCGUGUGACAUGAAAAUCCCUCUCGAUAUAAUAAUUUGUAAGCUCGUGCGAGCUUAUAUAUGCUCGUCUUCUCUGCGAAAAGCGGCUUUAAAGGCUCUUGCGAAAACAUUGACGAUUUCACAGCUAAGCUAUCUUCGGGAACAGUUUACGUUAUUAGGACCGAGUAGAAAUGGUUUUAUAUCCCUACAGAACUUCAAAUCGGCAAUGGUGAAGAGCUCGACGGAUGCGAUGAAAGAUUCGCGGGUUUUGGAAUAUGUCAGCUUGGUGAGUUCGAUUCAGUACGGGAAAUUGGAUUUCGAGGAAUUUUGCGCGGCGGCGAUCAGCGUGCAUCAGCUGGAAGGAACGGAAAGCUGGGAGCAACACGCGCGCCGCGCUUACGAUUUCUUCGAGAAGGACGGAAACCGGCCGAUUAUGAUCGAAGAACUUGCCUCGGAGCUGGGGCUGAGUCCGUCGGUUCCGGUCCACGUUGUACUCCAAGACUGGAUUCGACACUCGGACGGGAAACUUAGCUUCUUGGGGUUCGUCAGACUUGUGCAUGGGGUUUCGUCGAGAGCGUUUCAGAAGGCCCGGGAGACUCAGGCAGGAUGAGGGUACCCGUCGUCGACCGCCCUCGAUCGGCGGCGGCGGUGGCGGCGGCGGCGAUUGUGUGGGUAGGUAGAGAGAGAAAGUGAGUAUGUGUGAGAUUGUGAUUGUGUAGAGACAGCCAUGGAAGAAUUGGAUAUCUCAAAUGUGUUCUACUUCUACUUCAACUUAUUAUGUAUGUAUAUAUAGAUAUUAUUAUUAUUAUUAUUAUGAUUAUUAUUAUUGUUAUAAAAAAUAUUACUAAUGUAUUUUUUUCUC